AUGUGUUUAAACUGGGUUUACGAUGAGAAAAUUUCUGAACGCGUGAUCCGGCGUGCUGAUCCGUGUGCUUUCACAAAAGAGGACUUAAUGGCAUCGAUGUCAGUAGCAAGGAAAGCUCUUGGUGACUUGAUAAAAGCAUUCAAGCCAUUAGCAGAUAGAGUAUUGGUGGAGCGGUUUGCAGCAGAGACGAAAACCAAAGGUGGUAUUAUGAUUCCGGAUAAAGCUCAGGGAAAAGUAUUGGAAGCAACGGUACUUUCUACUGGACCAGGUGGACGCGAUAGUAAGGGAAAUUUGAUCCCAAUGACUGUUCGGGCAGGCGACCAUGUUUUGCUUCCUGAAUACGGCGGCACAAAAGUUGUUGUUGACGAGAAAGAGUACCACAUAUUUCGAGAAGCAGAUAUUCUUGGAAAAUUCGACCAAUAAAUAUUGACAUGGGUUUUAAAUAUGCGAUUGAUAUGUUCUUUUUGUAUUUCUAACGAGUCGCCAUACUUCUCCCGUAAAAUGAACUCAUUUCAACUGUAAAUACGAUAUUAAGUAGGGAAUUUUUUGAAUCAGGAUCUUAAAUACUCCUCUUAAUGCUUGUGCUGGGAUUCAGGAUAUCUCUACAGUAGGAAAUCAUUAGAGAGAUGGGAUUCGACGGUCUACUCGGGUGGUUUGUGUUCCUGUAGUCCAUGUUUAUGUAGCUCUAUGUUACUUCAUUACAGUUGCUUUUGUUAAAUCCAUUUCCGAAUAAAAAAUUAACUACUGGUA